CCUCCGCUUCGGAGCUUGGGCGCCUCGGGGGCCGCGACCGCGGGGAGGAAGGAGCUCCUCACCAAUCUUGCCGACGGCUGGCCCGCCGGCUCCCGCCCCGGCCCGUCUCCCCAUGACUGCCCCCGGCCCCGCUGCCGACGGACGUCGCUCCAGCGCCCGGGUUUAACACGGAAGCCGCGGUCCAGGGCCGCGGGAGGAAGAGGAGGAAGACCCGGUAGGUCCCGUGUCCCUCUCGGCCCGGCGCCUCGGCCGGAGCCAUGACCUCGCUGACCCAGCGCAGCUCGGGCCUGGUGCAGCGGCGCACCGAGGCCUCCCGCAACGCCGCCGACAAGGAGCGGGCGGCGGGCGGCGGCGGUAGCAACGGCGAGGACGACGCGCAGAGCCGCCGCGACGAGCAGGACGACGACGACAAGGGCGACUCCAAGGAAACGCGGCUGACCCUGAUGGAGGAGGUGCUCCUGCUGGGCCUCAAGGACCGAGAGGGUUACACAUCAUUUUGGAAUGACUGUAUAUCAUCUGGAUUACGUGGCUGUAUGUUAAUUGAAUUAGCCUUGAGAGGAAGGUUACAACUAGAGGCUUGUGGAAUGAGGCGUAAAAGUCUAUUAACAAGAAAGGUGAUCUGUAAGUCAGAUGCUCCCACAGGGGAUGUUCUUCUCGACGAAGCUCUGAAGCAUGUUAAAGAGACCCAGCCUCCAGAAACGGUUCAGAACUGGAUUGAAUUACUUAGUGGUGAGACAUGGAAUCCAUUAAAAUUGCAUUAUCAGUUAAGAAAUGUGCGGGAACGAUUAGCUAAAAACCUGGUGGAAAAGGGUGUAUUGACAACAGAGAAACAGAACUUCCUACUUUUUGACAUGACAACACAUCCCCUCACCAACAACAACAUCAAGCAGCGCCUCAUCAAGAAGGUACAAGAAGCCGUUCUUGACAAAUGGGUCAAUGACCCUCACCGCAUGGACAAGCGCUUGCUGGCCCUCAUUUACCUAGCCCAUGCCUCGGAUGUCCUGGAGAACGCUUUUGCUCCUCUUCUGGACGAGCAGUAUGAUUUAGCCACCAAGAGAGUGCGGCAGCUUCUCGAUUUAGACCCUGAAGUAGAAUGUCUGAAGGCCAACACCAACGAGGUUCUGUGGGCGGUGGUGGCAGCGUUCACCAAGUAACUCUGCUAGGAAGAAAGCCUUCUCCUGUCUCUCAUGUAAACCAGUUGUUUUUCUUCUAUCGACUUCUGGUUUUCUGCAGUUUGUACGUUCUCACACUAUAAUUGGCUUUUGUUUUAUGAAAAUGGUGGGUGGUUUUUUCUUUUUUGUAUGUAUGCAGGAUUCUGCUGGUACGAGAGGCCUUCUAUUUCAGUUAAAAAAAAAAAAAAAAUUCCUGCCAUAUUGGCAUUCCAUUCCCUCUUGACAUUCUCACUGUUCACCUGCUUUGGCUUUCUGGUAUGCUUUGACUUACAAAGUACCUCCAGCCUCCGCACAUGCACGUCUUUGGAUUACCUCAGCUUGAGUUUUCCCACAUGUGCGUGUAUGUCUAGCAUUCUGCGUACAAUUCAGACAGAAGUCACAAAAAGGCCUUUAACUCACCAAAGGUAAAUAUCUGUAUCUAUUAGGACAUUUUAUACAUAGACCUCAGUUGAGAUGUAUACUUAGCAAAAUUAUUUUUAAAUUGAACAGCACAGAAAAUACUUAAUAUAAAAUGCCCCUUGGAUUCUGCUUUCCAUGUAAAUCUAUUGUAUUAUUAUUACACUUGUUAUAAUUUUAACUAUUAAAUCAUAAAGGUCCAAUUGUUUCAGAAAGCCAGUUUGGGAUGGGCUGCAUUCCAGUUAUGCUGUAUAUAGUUGGAAUUAUAUAUAAAUUGCCCCUUCUUCUGGCCACUCCUGCCCCCAUCUUAGUAUUUUGCAAGGUUCAAUUAGUUGUACACCUGGUGCCCCUCACUUGUUCCAUUGUCAUCUGAUAGCAAAAUGGACCUCUCAUUAUCGAAGGAGAGAGGAAAGGUGUGUGUGUGCUUGGUCCUGGACUUCUUGAGCCGUGCCAUUCCUGGUACUCUUUGCCUAUGUGUCUCCUUUUUUGAUUUUUUUGUUUUGUUUUUCAUACUUAAAAAAAAAAAAAAAAAUCAUUUCUGUAGGGAAGAGGCUUGUGACCAGUACUAAUCUUGAGUACAGUUUUUUCUUUUUCUGUCCACAGGUAAAUUAAUGUUUGCUGUUCAGUGUCAUUUAUCUACUCACACAUUCUUGGAGAAAAAAAAAAAAUCAAAUGUCAGUCCUAGAAGAUGUUGCAUGUACAUUGUUAGCAAGUAAUGACUACAACUCAGAUGAUUAAGAUUUUUGUAACAGAAAGCUCUGCUAUGUUUUAAUUUUUAUAUACAAUUAUGAUAAUUAGCACAUUGUAAGAAUAUAAGCCUUUGCUUUUUAAAGUUUAUUUUUACUGUUUCUUUAUCACUGUUUAUCAUACCACCAUUGCUUUCAUAAUGUAAAUACUAUACAUUGAACAAAUGAAAUGUCAGAUUUUUUAUGACCAUAGUUGAUGUUAAUAGUGGGACUUUCAGGUGUUUAGAGAUUUUUUGGUUAACCCUCAAUGCAGAAGUACUAGAUGGUGUAUAACUCUAGAGUUGACUUUUAAGGGAUUCCCUAAUAUGUAUACUAUCUUUUUAUCUGAAGUAAUAAAUAAACUAUGAUCUUGAAAGUGCCUGAAUCAGA